AUGUCAGGCCUCAGCCAUGCCUCCUGUCCCCCAUCCCCAAGGCCCUGCGGUGAGCUGGAUGGCCCCAACCCCUUCCGCAGUGCCCUGACCUCCAGAAGGUCCGACCAGACCUUCAUGGACCAGAGAGCCUUCAUGGAGCAGGUGUGCGAAUGCAAGGACGAUGGCUACCUGCCUUCCUCCAAGAAGAUCGGCUCUGGGGCCUUCUCCAAAGUCUACCUGGCCUAUGCCAUGCAGGAGCGCAUACAGCACAACUCCAAGCUGGCCUCUGACCCGCGGGGCAAGCGCCACACCACGGUGGCUAUCAAGAUGGUCUCCACCUCUGAGGCCUCUGUGGAGUUCUCCUGCAAGUUCCUGCCCCGUGAGAUCUCGUCACUCAAUGCUACCUACAAGCACCUGAACGUGGUGCAGCUCUACGAGACCUACCAGAAGAGCUGGCGCGCCUACUUGGUGCUGGAGCUGGCGGCCCGUGGUGACCUGCUGGAGCACAUCAAUGCCGUGUCUGACCACUGCCGCUGCCCGGGGCUGGAGCAGGAGGAGGCCCACAGGCUGUUCUGGCAGCUGGUCAGUGCCGUGGCGCACUGCCACAACUCAGGCAUCCCAUGCAGGGACCUAAAGUGUGAGAGCAUCCUGCUAGAUGACCGAGGCUUCCUAAAGCUGAGCGACUUCGGCUCUGCCAAUCGGUCGGGGCUAUAGAACUCGCUGCUGAGCACCUUCUGCGGCUCUGUGGCCUACACAGCCCUGGAGGUCCUCACGAGCAAGAAGUACAGCGGGGGGCAGGCUGCCCCGUGGAGCCUGGGUGUCAUCCUCUACGCCACGGUGACCAGGAAGCUGCCCUUCAAGGAGCAUCAGCCCCACCGCAUGCUGUACCUGAUGCGCUGGGGCCCCACCUUACGGCCAGGCCUGUCCCCAGAGCGCCAGGACCUGAUCCGAGGCCUGCUCCAGCUGCGCCCGCGAGCGCACCUGCGCCUGCAGCAGGUGGCCGCGCACCACUGGAUGCUGCCUGCCGCGCAUGCGCUCUUCCCGCACAAGAAGACUGAGGAGUCCCAGCUCCCAACGUCCCCAGACAACGUGCAGCCCAGCGCGGACUCAGAUCCCCCAAGGCCGCUCCUGCACCUGCAGCGACCCCAGCAACAGGGCACCCACCCCUUGAGAGCGCCUGUGGUCCGGCGCCCGAGCCCAGGGAGUCUCCCCUGA